AGCGGGAUUGCCCGGUCGACCAACUUCUCCUCUCCGCAGCAUGUUCCUGCCUCCGCGGUCGGUUCCGGAAUUCCCAGCCUACGAUCCGAGUUCGAAAAGCGGCGUCGGUCGCACUCGACUGCGGCAGCCAACCAGUCGAUCAAAUCCGGUGGCACUAGCGGAUUACAAACCCCGAGUCUCCCCGCGGGCACUACCACUUGGGCUACCAGUAGUGGUACCCGGCAGUCCGCACGCAAAGCUAGCGCACCAGACAGUACGGCAGACAGUGUGAUUUCCUCCACGAACGAGAGUUUACAGUCCAAAGUUCCUGUAUCGAGGUCUGCAGCUGCUGCACUCCGCUUGUCGUUGGAUCAGCGUCGACGUGCUAUCGAGGCUGGCCGACAACGUGCUAUGAUGGCCAAUCACCAGGCGGCAACGCAACGUCAUCAUGCUGCAUUUCAAAAGUUGCUGCAAACCGAACAGCGACGGCGUGCGAAAAAAGAAGAACCAGAUAUGAGUGACAUGGAAGCAAGCUCGGCGGCCGCGAUGGUCUCACAAAGUGAUGGUGAUCACCUGAUCAGUUCAUCCGCUGUGGACGGGGAUAACAGUGGAAACCAGAUGAAUAAUGAAUUCGGCCCGUACGAUACUGAUCAGUCGGCUGUGUCCGCUUCACAACGAGAACAGGUGACCGAUGUGGAUGAGGACUUUUCUCUGCGAUCCACGGACGCGGCAACUGCUCGCGCUCGAACUCCAUCUCUAUUGCAAGAUCAGCUGAAUUAUCCGACUUCUAACGUGACCGAGACACGAGAAUCCCACGUACACCCGGAACCAGAUUUAUCGUUGAUAGAAGCAGCUAUCACUCCAGAUGAACUAGCUCCUUCAUCGAAAGAGGCUUCCCCGACCGAAUUUGAAUCCACUUUACCGAAAGAGAAGUCGGAUCAGGUAUUCAGAGACUCGCGUGCACCGACCGCUUCACGUUCUUCCGAGCUAAGUCAACAGCAACACCAACAACAACCGGAAGAGGAUCAUUCAAGCAGUGAGGCGAUGGAAUAUAUCGGCUCCGUGGCAUCCGAAAAACCAGUACGCUCAGUCUCUCCAGCCAGAGACUGGUACAAUAGUAUGCCAGAGCGUCGUCGUUCCAGCGGGAAUCCGCAAGCAACCAAUGCAAUGCGACAGUCAGCUUCUGGACGUCCCCGUCGUCAAGUGCAAGACGAACACUAUCCAGUUGAGACCGCUGUAAUGAAGUCUAGAGGAUCGAACUACGGUGGUCGGGGUGUUCCACAACGACGUCAGGUCGGUCCACCGGUACAACAGUCACCUCGAAUGUCAAAGAGGCGACAACCUCAACAAUCUGCUGCCGGUCCCACGAUGUCAGGUGGACGACGAUAUGAAGUGACAUCUCAGAGCCUGUCUGUGGAGCCUCGAAAUCGUUUGGGACGUCCCAAUUCACAACUGAUCACAUCACAGCAACAACGGUUACGUUCAUCUCGCCGUAACCGCGUUCAUCCUUUGGCAGUUAGUGAGAAUUAUGACUGGCCUGCGGGGAUGACGCGGUCCACAGAUCCGGAAUGGGAUGAACCUGGGGAUGAUGAAUAUGAUGAAGAUGAAGGGGAAGAGGAAGAGGAACUCGAAGUGUAUACGAACGGGACUGGAGCUCGUCGUUGCUCGGAUGUGGAUGAUGAAUACUAUGACGAGGAAGAUGCGGACGCGGAUUAUGAUGCCCGUGACAGUAGGCAUCGGGGUGGCCUCAUGAUCUAUGAUGGAGACCGUCAAAUGACAUCCGAUACCGAAGAGGAAGAUGAUCACGAUCAAAUCGAUCCCCGGCGUUCCCAUCCUCAUCGUUUGUGGCGUGAUGUGGAUCGAUUCUCGUCGGAAAGAUCAUCGAUUGCUUUCUCCAGCUCCAGUCGUCGGCCUGUGAAAAGCAGAUAUCGGAAGCGAGACCAGAUGCGCGCCUCGUUCGAUCCCAGCUCCACUUCACAUGGUGGUUUUCGUCCGACCGAGAUGACCACUGUGGUCGACGCGGAAGCACUGGAUAAACUGAACCGGAACUUACUCGAUUUGCAAUCCGGUUUGGAACGUUUGUCGGCACAACAGCAACAAGUCCUACUGGCCUCUUCCUCAGCCACAGCCGCGGUGGCUUUGGUGGCUGGCGCAAACACGCAACAGGCCCUUUUCAACUCGCCCAACCUUGUUCCAGCACCCCCUCCGGUUACCGUACAACCGCCCAGUCCGGCUGGGUUUACUCGAGCCACGUGGAGUGAACGGCCCAAAUUGUGCGAUCUCAGUCACAGUCAGAUCAAUGCAAACCAGACGGAGCCAAGUUCCGAGGAGCAGGCGUUCGCAAGUCCCACUCCCAUGGUUGAUGCAUUCACCCGUUCCGAAUCUUCCGAACCCUCUGCUCAAUCAAGACCGAUUCAAUCCAAAGAAACGGAACCACCUGUUCAGGUCAACCAGGCAUUUUUUGUGGACCUCAACACCAAGCAAGGAUCACCUAGUCCCACAGAACCAAAAGCUCCGGAUCCCCCGGCAUUGGAACAGACACCGCCCCCGGGAGAAAAAUCCGAAGUUUCCACAGCUCCUGAUAAAUCGACCACAUCCAAAGUGUUUUUCAUCGGGUUCGACGAACCAGAUCCUCAGGUGCGAUUCCCCGGUUCUAAUCUCUUACCGAGUUUGUUUUUGUGUGCUUUUGAAUCGAUGCUUAUGCAACGCAAAUGCGACCAACUGGAAGCUCGUCGUGCAGCCGAGAAAGCUAUGGCUGCUCAGCAUUUGGAGGCACUGCGUUCCAGUGGUCGAGGGGAGAAGCACUCGCUUGCACUGGCCGAACUGGAGCGAAAGAACAAUGAGAAAGAACGCCGUGAGGCCAUUCUACAAGCCUAUUUGAGCAGAAAAGAACAAGCGGAAGCCCAAUGUCAUCGGCACCAGAAUCUCUAUCCAGUUCGACCAGGCUCGGCCGCGCUCUCCCUGUCCUCCAGUAACUUGUCCACCAAGGGCAAAAGAUCUGUUUCACAGAACCGACCAUCCAAAACUCUACCCCGUAGCUCUGAACUACGCUCGUCACGUGUUGGCUCACUUCGAGCUAGCUCGGCCACCCGAAAACCCCGAUCAAUGGAGACCUCGACAACUGCGACUCGGGGUAAUGCGGAUGGUGAGGCCGUAGAAUCCAGUGAGGCAGACGCUGACGCACGACAAGAACGGCGGUUAGUUAGGGCCGCGGAAGCAUCGCAAAAGCAAAAACAAAAACCAAAUGGUAAACCCACCGGUCGAAUGACUUCGGGCUUAAGUCUUUCGUCAUUGCAUCGUCUGGGUGCCUCCGACCAACCAUCCAGCGGACCAGGGGUUUCUGUCGCAGGCCUUUCACAGCCGAAACUGUUUGUUAAACCGAAGGCCAAAUCCAAUCGAAUGGUCAUUGUUAAUGCCAUCGGACAUUGUUGUUUGGCCGGCGCGGUGAACGAACCGAUGAAACAAGCAACACUCAAGGUGAGCUAA